AUGGAAAAUGAAAUAUUUGAAGGAACUGUUACUAAAAUAGAACAAGUAUCACUUAAAGAAGAAAUAAUAGAAGAACCUGUUGAAAUUAAACAUGAAGAAAUACAUUUCAAUGAUGUAUUUACAGAAUAUGAAAAUGUUAAACUUGAACAACAAUUGAAUACAGAACCAAUAUCUAAAAAUGAAAUUUUUAAUGAAAAUGUUUUAGAACAUCAACAGACUGACAUCGAAGACAAACGUUUUUCAUGUGAAAAAAGUAAAUUAAUUAAACAUCAACGAACACAUUCGGGAACAAAACCGUUAACAUGUGAUGUUUGUGAUAAAACAUUUAAUUUACAAAGUGAUUUAGCUCUACAUAAACGAAUCCACACCGGUGAAAAAACUUAUUCAUGUGAAAUUUGUAAUAAACAAUUUAGUGAUAGAAGUAAAUUAAAACAUCAACGAACGCAUACUGGAAAAAAACCGUUAACAUGUGAAGUUUGUGAUAAAACAUUUAAUUUACAAAAACAAACUGAAACUGUUAGAUUGGAAAAUGGGGGAAUUAAAGAAGAAAUACCAAUGGAAACUGUUAAAAUUGAACAUAGAUAG